AUGGACAACAACUCUCCUGCAGUACUCUCCGAGGAUGCAUUGCGCGAUGCAAUCCGAAGUCACUAUCACCGAUUUGAAUCCAUGGUCCGGGAGGUAACGAGCGGAGCUCAUGCGGAUGCAAUUGUGAUUGCGCGGCUGGGAGAUGAUCUGAAUGAGUUUACGUCAAUUGUACGUGAGCAUUCAACUGUUCUUCCGCAAGACGAGUUCGCACUUAUCGAUGCUAAUCUGGCCGAUAUGCUACUGGACAUUCGUCUUCAAUAUCAACGCGCCGUUGAUGAAUCUCACUAUGGCUAUCCGACAAUCGUGCAAACUAUGGGCUCCGAGCGGCCGGGUCGCCCAAGGAUUCACAUUGACCCGGAUUUCCUUCGCUGGGCAUAUACCCAGCGCUCGACGUCAGGCAUUGCUCGGUUUCUUGGGGUCAGUCGUCCAACCGUCCGUACUGCCCUUCUGGAGCUGGGAAUCGUUCAACCACAAGCCGAUCCAUUCGCUGGUUCUGUUGCUGACUCGAAUCAGCCAGGCGACACUGAUGAAAUCCUCGAGCCCGAUAUCCCAAUGAACGCCACUCCCGACAUGAUUGAGAAUCUGGCAGCACAAGCCCCCCGUGCAAGUUCAUUCACAGGCCCGGUCUCUACGAUGACAGAUGACGAGUUGGACGAAAUGAUUUUACGUCUACGCUCUCACUACCGACGUGCUGGCGUUCGAAUGCUUCACGGAAUGCUGCGGCGUCUAGGGCAUCAAGUUCCGCAUGAGCGCAUUCGCCAGGCGCUUCUUCGAAUUGAUCCUGUGCGCCGAAUCUUUGAGCGAAUUCGCAUCCGCCGCCGGGAGUAUCGGGUACUUGGCCCGAACUCGCUCUGGCAUCAUGAUGGACAACACGGUCUUAUACGCUGGGGAAUUGUCAUCCAUGGCUUCAUCGAUGGCUACUCCCGUCUCAUCACCGGACUCCGUGCGAGUGAUAACAACUCCGCCAAUACGGUUCUUGCACUUUUCUUGACUGCUGCUGAGAUAUACGGUGUACCCUCGCGACUACGAGGAGAUCAUGGCACCGAGAAUCUAAGCGUUCAUAAUAUUCGAAUCGAGCGACUUUGGGUCGAUGUCACCGCACAAGUUGGGGCGACUUGGGCUGACCACUUCACCUCCCUUGAACUUCACUAUGGCCUCAACAUCAACAAUGUUGGCCACAUCUGGCUCUUACAUUUCCUCUUCCUUGCCACUAUCAACUCUCAGCUCGCUUUCUUCGCCGAGUCAUGGAACGAGCACCGAAUUCAGAUCCGCAAUGGCCCGAACCGAUCCCCUAUUGACAUGUUUGGCUUUGACAUGCUCAUCUGUGGUGUGCGUGGCGACGAGUUACCGCCCGAGGAGGAAGGGCUCUCUGAAGAGGAGUUAGAGGUGUAUGGAAUUGAUCACCUAUGUAGCCUAAUAUCCACUGUGUACUAUCUAGUCCACCCCAGCGGGGUGUCGCAGAUAAGCCAUGCUGCUCUCAGCAUUGCCAUAGAACUGAAUAAACCUUGGAAAGGGAACUGA